UGCUCCCUUAGCUAGGCCUCCUGGCCCUCUUGUACAUCCGUGGUGGCCUCCCCACCUUCACUGUUCACUUGUCCUCCUCAUGGCCCAGACAUGAGUGGCCCCCUCGAAGGGGCUGAUGGGGGUGGGGAUUCCAGGCUUGGGGAUGCUUUUUGUCCUGGAGGGUCCCCAUCCCCGGGGCCGCCACAACAUAGGCCUUGCCCAGGCCCCAGCUUGGCCGAUGACAUGGAUGCCAACAGCAGUGGCUCAAGCGGCAAUGAGUCCAACGGUCCUGAGUCCAGGGGUGCGUCUCAGCGGAGCUCACAUAGCUCCUCCUCCGGCAAUGGCAAGGACUCCGCCCUGCUUGAGACUACUGAGAGCAGCAAGAGCACAAACUCCCAGAGUCCAUCCCCACCCAGCAGUUCUAUUGCCUACAGUCUCCUGAGUGCCAGCUCAGAGCAGGACAACCCCUCAACCAGUGGCUGCAGCAGUGAACAGUCAGCCAGGGCAAGAACCCAGAAGGAACUCAUGACAGCAUUACGGGAGCUCAAGCUUCGACUGCCUCCAGAGCGCCGGGGCAAGGGCCGUUCUGGGACCCUGGCCACACUCCAGUAUGCACUAGCCUGUGUCAAGCAAGUGCAAGCCAACCAGGAGUACUACCAGCAGUGGAGCCUGGAGGAAGGGGAGCCCUGUGCCAUGGAUAUGUCCACCUAUACUCUGGAGGAGCUGGAGCACAUCACAUCUGAGUAUACACUUCGCAACCAGGAUACCUUCUCCGUGGCUGUCUCCUUCCUGACUGGCCGCAUUGUCUACAUAUCAGAGCAGGCGGGUAUCCUGCUACGUUGCAAGCAGGAUGUGUUCCGGGGUGCCCGAUUCUCAGAACUCCUGGCACCCCAGGAUGUGGGUGUCUUCUAUGGUUCCACUGCCCCAUCUCGCCUGCCCACAUGGGGCACUGGGGCCUCAGCAGGUGCAGGUCUCAAGGAGAAGUCUGUCUUUUGCCGAAUCAGUAGAGGUCCUGACCGGGAGCCAGGGCCUCGGUACCAGCCAUUCCGCCUAACUCCAUAUGUGACCAAGAUUCGGGUCUCUGAUGGGGCCCCUGCACAGCCAUGCUGCCUGCUCAUCGCGGAGCGCAUCCAUUCUGGUUAUGAAGCUCCUCGGAUCCCUCCUGACAAAAGAAUUUUCACCACACAGCACACACCCAGCUGCCUCUUCCAGGAUGUGGAUGAGAGGGCUGCCCCAUUGCUGGGCUACCUACCUCAAGACCUCCUAGGGGCUCCUGUGCUCUUAUUCUUACAUCCUGAGGACCGACCCCUCAUGCUGGCUAUCCACAAGAAGAUCCUCCAGCUGGCUGGCCAGCCCUUUGACCACUCCCCUAUCCGCUUCUGUGCCCGUAAUGGGGAGUAUGUCACCAUGGACACCAGCUGGGCUGGCUUCGUGCACCCCUGGAGCCGGAAGGUGGCCUUUGUGUUGGGUCGCCACAAAGUUCGCACAGCCCCCCUGAAUGAGGAUGUGUUCACUCCCCCGGCCCCCAGCCCAACCGUGUCCCUGGACUCUGAUAUUCAGGAACUAUCAGAGCAAAUCCACCGGCUGCUGCUACAGCCUGUGCAUAGCCCCAGCUCCUCGGGACUCUGUGGAGUCGGUCCUGUGACAUCUCCUGGCCCUCUGCUCAGCCCUGGCUCCUCCAGUGAGAGCAACGGGGGUGAUGCUGAGGGGCCCAGACCACCUACCCAGGUGACCUUCCAGCAGAUCUGUAAGGAUGUGCAUCUAGUGAAGCACCAGGGGCAACAGCUUUUUAUUGAGUCUCGGACCCGGCCCCCGCCCCAGUCCCACCUUCCCGCUGCAGGUACAUUCAAGACCAAGGCCCUUCCCUGCCAGUCCCCAGACCCAGAGUUGGAAGCGGCAUGUGUCCCUGUCCCUGUGCCAGUAGCCUCGGCCCCUGAGGAGACUGAGAGGAAAGAAGCCUCUCUCUGCUCCUAUCAGCAGAUCAAUUGCCUUGACAGCAUCCUCAGGUACCUGGAGAGCUGCAACAUCCCCAGCACAGCCAAGCGCAAGUGUGCCUCCUCCUCUUCCUGCACCAUGUCCUCUGCCUCCGAUGACGACAAGCAGAGGAUAGGUCCCCUCACUACUGGGGCCAAGAAAGAUCCGUCGGCAGUGCUGUCUGGGGAGGGGGCCACCCCUCAGAAGGAACCUGUGGUGGGAGGCACCCUGAGCCCGCUUGCCCUGGCCAAUAAGGCAGAGAGUGUGGUGUCCAUCACCAGUCAGUGUAGCUUCAGCUCCACCAUCGUCCAUGUGGGAGACAAGAAGCCCCCGGAGUCGGACAUUAUCUUGAUGGAGGAUGUACCUAGCCUGGUCCCUGGUCCAGCCCCAAGCCCUGCUCCCAGCUCCACAGUAGCCCCUGACCCAGCCCCAGAUGCCUACCGCCCAGUGGGCCUGACCAAGGCUGUAUUGUCCCUGCACACCCAGAAGGAGGAGCAGGCCUUCCUCAACCGCUUCCGGGACCUGGGCAGGCUGCGUGUGCUCGAUGGCUCUUCCAUGGCACCAUCGGCCCCUGGUGAUCGAGGUUGCCACCACGGCCCUGUAACCCCCAGCCACCGACACCACUGCCGAUCCAAAGCCAAGCGCUCGCGCCACCACCAAGCCCCCCGGCACGGAGCGCCCUGCUAUGUCUCCCACCCCUCACCUCCACCUUCCUCUACCCCUUGGCCACCUCCACCAUCUACUGCCCCUUUCCCAGCUGUGGUCCAGCCCUACCCUCUCUCAGUAUUCUCCCCACGAGGAGGCUCACAGCCUCUCCCCUCUGCCUCCAACUCUGUGUCCACUACAGCUUUCCCUGCCCCCCUAGUGACUCCAGUGGUGGCCUUGGUGCUCCCUAACUAUCUGUUCCCUGCCCCCACUAGCUAUCCUUAUGGAUUACCACAGGCCCCUGCUGAGGGACCUCCCACUCCAGCCUCUGGCUCUCCUUCUCCAUCCCUGCCCCCACUGCCCCCUACCCCUCCCCACCGUCCAGACUCUCCACUAUUCAACUCCCGAUGCAGCUCCCCACUCCAGCUCAAUUUGCUGCAGCUUGAAGAGCCCCCUCGUGCUGAGGUGGAUGUUGCUGCAGGGGGUCCUGGAAGCAGUGCUGGGGCCCCUGCCCCCAGUGAGGAGGUUUUGGAGCCAGAGGCCAGAUUGGCAGAGGUGACUGAGUCCUCCAAUCAGGACGCGCUGUCAGGCUCCAGUGACCUGCUGGAAUUGCUGCUGCAGGAGGACUCACGCUCUGGCACAGGCUCGGCCGCCUCAGGCUCAUUGGGCUCUGGCCUGGGCUCUGGGUCUGGCUCGGGCUCCCAUGAGAUGGGCAGCACCUCAGCCAGCAUCACUCGUAGUAGUCAGAGUAGCCACACAAGCAAGUACUUUGGCAGCAUCGACUCUUCUGAGGCUGAGGCAGGUUCAGGCCAGGCCAGGACGGAGCCUGGGGAGCAGGUCAUCAAGUAUGUGCUCCAGGAUCCCAUCUGGCUGCUCAUGGCCAAUGCUGACCAGCGUGUCAUGAUGACCUAUCAGGUGCCCUCUAGGGACAUGGCUUCUGUGCUGAAGCAGGACCGAGAGCGGCUCCGAGCCAUGCAGAAGCAGCAGCCUCGGUUCUCAGAGGACCAGCAGAGGGAACUGGGUGCUGUGCACUCCUGGGUCCGCAAGGGCCAGCUGCCUCGGGCCCUUGAUGUGAUGGCUUGUGUGGACUGUGGUAGCAGCACCCAGGACCCUGGCCAUUCUGAUGACACCCUCUUCUCGGAGCUGGAUGUACUAGGACUGGAGCCCAUGGAAGAGGGUGGGGGUGGGGAGGGGGGUGGUGUCGGGGGUGAAGAGGGGAUUGGAGGUGAGGCUGGGGCCCAUGUUGGGGCUAGCGUUGUAAGCUCUCAGGACUUGACCAUGGAGGAGGAAGAACAAGGUGGGAGCUCAUUCAAUCCAGCCUUACCUACAGCAGAAACCGGUACCAGCUAG